CUUCUAGUUCAGUCCUUUGGCUAAUAUGAAUGGCCACGCAGAAGCUCUGGACUUGCUUUUUGUGCUUGACAAAAGUGCAUAGAUAGAAGACAGGGCUUCCUGGCUGGGAGGAGGGAGGAGAGCUGAAGAUACCUGCCUGGGCUGGCUGAUCUAAACAGUCAAAGUGGGCAGCUGAGUGCUUGAAAGAGGAUUAUGCUCGCACUAGAAAUAAGCAGUAAGUGAGUGAUUAUUGGCUUAGAAAAAGAUUAAUCCCCCCGGGGGUUACGGGGUAAACUAGAAAAUAUUGCUUAAUUCUAAAGUAAAACUGUAAGUCUUCUGGCUCUGUGUAAUGUUGUGUGCUGUUAGGAGUCUGGGGCUUAAGUACAAAAAUCAGAGCUCUAAAUGCCUCCUGCCACUCUUACAAAAUGCCAACUUCUAUUUAGUUGGGGACAAUAACUUCCUUCCCUGACCUAGCCUCUUCCCAGGAAAAUUUACUAGUGUACCAGAUAAGGAGUUGAGAUUAAAUUGGAAAGGUGGAAUUUGAUGUUGGCAGAAAUUGAAAUUUUGAAUUAUGUUCUGUGAGUGCUGACUUAUCUAUUAGUAGUGAUUGUCAAGAAAGUCUGGAGUGGUGAGUUAAACAGGGGAAAUUAAGAGCUUUUAUGCCAAUGAGGCUGAAUAGUCCAUAUGCAAGGGGUUAAAUUAAAAAACUAUGUAAUAAAUAAAAGAUGGGCUUUUUAAAACAUUAGCGGGAAGAAGUAGUCAGGAAGCAUAAAAAUGCAUGAAUAAAAAUUCAUUAGGAAAAGAAAUUUUCAAAGACCUCUGUGCUAGCCAGAAAUUUCACAAUGUUUACAAAGUCAAGACAGUGAUUCAGGAGUACUUCAAUUAUUGUUGUACAUUAUUAAUACUGCUGUUGGGCAAGAUCUGUGUUUCUCUGGUCAGCAAGUUCUGGCAAUGAAGCCACUGCCGCUGGUGCAAAGAAUUCUGGGAUGUCUGACACUGAAAUGGAUAGAAGGACUCACAUUCCUUCUCUACUUAAUGUCCUUUUGUCCAGAAAUCGGGUCAUGCAAAUGAGCUACUUGAAAAGUAAAGAACAAGGAUAUGGAAAACUAAGCUGUGAUGAAGACCUUGAAAUAAUUGUUGAUCAAAAGCAGCUGGUGAAUGAGCAACAGGAAAGCAGGCCGCUCCUGAGUCCGUCCAUUGAUGACUUUCUCUGUGAAACCAAAUCGGAGGCAAUUGCAAGGCCAGUAACGUCCAAUACAGCCGUGUUGACCACUGGCUUAGAUCUCCUUGACCUGAGUGAACCAGUGUCUCAAACCCAAACCAAAGCUAAGAAGUUGGAGGCCUCAUCAAAAACCUCAUCCCUCAAGAAAAAGGUCGAUGGAUCAGACCUCAUCAGUGCAGAUGCUGAGCAGAGAAGCCAGCCUCUCAGAGGCCCAGAGACCUCAUCCUUAGAUCUUGUAGACAUUCAAACACAACUGGAAAAAUGGGAUAAUGUUAAGUUUCAUGGAGAUCGAAACAGCAAAGGGCAUCCAAUGGCAGAGAGAAAAUCCUGCUCAUCCAGAACUGGAUCAAAAGAGCUCUUAUGGUCCUCAGAGCACAGGUCUCAACCAGAACUGAGUGGCGGGAAAAGUGCCCUAAACUCUGAAUCUGCUUCUGAACUAGAGUUAGUGACUCCAGCACAGGCUCGGCUGACUAAAGAACAUCGCUGGGGAAGUUCACUGCUUUCUAGAAACCACUCCUUGGAAGAGGAAUUUGAAAGGGCAAAGGCAGCAGUAGAGUCAGACACAGAGUUUUGGGAUAAGAUGCAAGCAGAAUGGGAAGAAAUGGCCCGGAGAAACUGGAUCUCUGAGAACCAAGAAGCCCAGAACCAAGUUACAAUCUCAGCUAGUGAGAAGGGAUAUUACUUUCACACCGAAAACCCCUUUAAGGACUGGCCUGGAGCAUUUGAAGAAGGCUUAAAAAGGCUGAAGGAAGGGGACCUGCCAGUCACCAUCCUGUUCAUGGAGGCAGCGAUCCUUCAGGAUCCUGGAGAUGCAGAGGCAUGGCAGUUUCUUGGGAUAACCCAGGCGGAAAAUGAAAACGAACAAGCAGCCAUUGUCGCCCUCCAGAGGUGCUUAGAAUUGCAGCCCAACAACUUGAAAGCUUUGAUGGCUUUGGCUGUGAGUUAUACAAACACUGGCCAUCAGCAGGAUGCCUGUGAAGCUCUGAAGAAUUGGAUUAAGCAAAACCCAAAGUACAAAUACCUUGUGAAGAGCAAGAAGGGAUCUCCAGGCCUCUCUCGGCGGAUGUCUAAGUCCCCAGUUGACAGCUCUGUUCUAGAAGGAGUGAAAGAAUUAUAUCUGGAAGCUGCCCAUCAAAACGGAGACAUGAUUGACCCAGACCUACAGACAGGUCUGGGGGUACUGUUCCACCUGAGUGGGGAAUUUAACAGAGCAAUAGAUGCAUUUAACGCUGCCUUAACUGUUCGGCCAGAGGACUAUUCAUUAUGGAACCGUCUUGGGGCGACCCUGGCAAAUGGAGACCGCAGUGAGGAAGCUGUGGAGGCCUACACACGAGCGCUGGAGAUCCAGCCAGGCUUCAUCCGGUCCAGAUACAACCUGGGGAUUAGCUGUAUCAACCUGGGCGCCUACAGAGAAGCGGUCAGCAAUUUUCUCACUGCCCUCAGUUUGCAAAGAAAGAGCAGGAAUCAACAGCAAGUUCCUCAUCCUGCAAUCUCUGGGAACAUCUGGGCUGCCCUCAGAAUUGCACUGUCACUGAUGGACCAACCAGAACUCUUCCAGGCAGCUAAUCUUGGUGACCUGGAUGUCCUCCUAAGAGCUUUCAAUUUGGAUCCUUGAAGGAAAAGAAAAAAUAAAGAAUAAUAACCUCCCUUUUGUGUUAUUGUACUGAGAAGUGCAAAACUACUUUAUUAUGGAUUUCAAAAAGGAUAAAUCAGAUAUUCAAAAGGCCAUGAUCACAUAACCCAAGGGAAUUAAUUUCUACAAACAAUGGCCAGUCUCUGUUCAGAUCCAAAAGCACAAGUAGAGUCAAGGUCAGGUUCAAAAGAAUUGGGAGAUGCAAGACAAAACAAGAGAAAGUAAUUGCGUGUACUCUUCCCAAGUUGCCAGUGUAUUGCAAAACAUAUUCUUUGGGAUUUUUGUUUCCAGUUGCAGCUAAUAGCACAUAUGAGGAACUUGUUCAUAGGACACAUGAAGAAAGCACUGCUUCUGAUCAGGGAAUUCUGACUGUAUCUAUACUGUCCCCUGAAAUUCUCCCUUUUGCAAGACUGAGCAUAGUUUGGGCCAUCGGUGCAUGCACAUAUAUUAACUCAAAGACAGGCAAUGCUUACCCUGUUCCUGUUUUAACUUUUUCGGUAGCCCUUUGUUUCCAGAGAGGGAGCUCUGCUGGUAAAAGCAGUUUUUGCACUAGAAAUUUUUGCUGUUCCCAAACAAAACUUUUCUGGGAUUGUACAUAUGCACUUUAAUAUCUUAUUUAUGCCUUGCUGGGGUUUUGUUUUGUUGCUUCAAUUUUUAACUUGGGGUAAAAGACUUGAGAACUCAGACUUGUUAGAUCAAUGGACCAAAUAAAAAAUUCCUGAAAAAUAGUUUUUCAUAGUGUAGGGUUUUGAAGGAGUGUUUUUCUUAAAGCAGACAUGCUUUUUGGAACUGUAUGAACAUAAGAAACAAAAUACUAUGUGUUCGUGCAUUCUCUGCAGGUAGAAACUUGAUGAAACUGUGCUUUCUAUUGAGUUUGCUUAAGUGUCAUACUUUCCUGGCUUUCUAACUGCCCUGCACAAUAAUAUUCUUUUUAAAUUGUUACUAUUUAAAUGAGAUUUCUUAAGAGUGAUAUAUACAGUUUUUCCUUAAAAUGAUGUUUCCUUAGUUCCAUAAUAAUCUACAGAGUUAACUUUCUUGUGAGUGACAGAAAAUCAACAUUUUUUUAACUGAAACUCACCAGGUGUUGGUGGGUUAACAUGAAAGAUGCAUACUCCUUUGGCUCUUAUUUUAAACAUUUAGCAAGUAACAGGAAUUUUCUAUUGGCAAUAGUACUUUAUUUAACUUUCCACUUAGUUAUUCAGUAUUUUGUGUAUAUUUGGGGCUUGGUGAUUAUUUUGAAAGUAUAUUUUUCAAAGAAUGAGAAAAACAUGUUUGCAAAAGUCUAACCAAAAUAUCAUUUUACCCAGGUCUGGUUCUAGUCAGUUGUUCUAUUCUUCACCUUGUCUCCUUCCUUCUCUAGAACUUUCCCCCAAAGUAGUCUGGUCCCAAUUUUUUAUUCAUGUUCUUUGGUUAGUAAUAAUAACUCAUUCUACUCAUGAUUAUAGUUACCAAAAAAGACAGAAUUUGGAUCAAAACAGUUUAAUUGACUGGAGAAUUCGCUCCCACUGAGGGGAAAUGUGCACACAGCUGAGAGACUGGACUCCGACUGCAGGUACAAAUCCACCCCUCUGCGACCUUGGAUUUCCUGAGUUGUGAGGGGUCCUCAAGUUAACACGGAACCACAGGUUUGAAGCUUAGGUACACUACAGUCUAUUCCAGUUUGUAACAAUGAAGAGGUGAGGGCCCUGUGGUGAGCGUCAGGUUUUGGUAGUCCCUGUCAAAGCUCCUGUUGGCAGGAUGAUGGCUCCAACCCCGCAGCAAGAGACAGAGGCUUUAAGGCAUUCAUCUUUGGCAGGAGUAGCAAUCCCUCUUGGCCUUCAUUUCCCUGCAGUCUGAGCAGCAAUGUGAAGAUCAGUAGUAUUUCCAAGAAUGACAUUUGUUCGAAUUUUAGAAAUUAGAAACUCAUCUGGGAAGGCGUCUCAAGGCCAGCCUCCAGCCAAUGGCACCUGCCUUCUGGAAUAUUCCUAAUAGGCCCACAUCCAUUCCCUGCCUGCUGAUCAUCUCUGCAUAUCGAUGACUGGCCAGAUGACUUGGGUCCAUCAGAGUCCAUUAGGAGCCUCUGAACAAAGGAUUCAAAGCCAACUUUGUGGGUGUUUUGUUCAUGAUGGCUUUCUACACUCAGGUCCAACUGAAUUUGCAAUGAUAAUGAGAUACUGUGUUCUCACCUUGCUAGGGCUAUAUGCAGGAGAUCAGUUAACAAUUUAAAAUUUUGAACUAGUGUAAAUGUGGGGUAGCUUGGUUUAAUUUGA